CCCUUUACUCGAUCAAUCUCGUCCUCUCAGAAUAUAUUUCGCUUUUACUCCUUUCCCCCUCCCGCAUUCUCCUCCCACUUUCUUCUUCCUUCGCCCCCCAUCUAUCUCCACCGCCUCCAUCUCUCUCCCUCAUCUCCGCCCCCAGAUUUUCUUGGUUCUCUGGAGUUGAGGUGGGGGACUGUUAUGAUGGGGAAGGGCUCGAAGAACUAUUGCAAGUCGGCCUCCCACAGGCUGUUCAAGGACAAGGCGAAGAACCGAGUGGACGAUCUCCAGGGGAUGUUCAUGGAUCUGCAAUUUGCUAGGAAGGAGAGCCGCAACGUCGACGUCGCGGUCCUUGAGGAGCAAGUCCAUCAAAUGCUUCGUGAAUGGAAGGCCGAGCUCAACGAGCCCUCUCCUGCAUCGUCUUUGCAACAAGGCGGUAGUCUUGCCUCCUUCUCAUCAGAUAUAUGUAGAUUGCUGCAACUCUGUGAGGAAGAAGAUGAUGCAACUAGUGCAUUAACUCCACCCAAGGCAGAGCCAAAUGAUCAAAACCUAAAUGUUGGAGAUGGCACAAGCUUGCCAGAGGGAUUUAAUGGCAAUCAGAGGCCACAGAAACGCUGCUUCCCAUCUGCAGAUCAGUGCAAAGACUCCCAUCUUGGCAUUGGUGCUGCAGCAAUAGACAAUGUAGAUGGCAUCAACAGCUUGGAACAGCUUCAGUUUGGAUUGAAUCAAGGGUUCAACCAAAGUUAUUAUGAUAACUACAACAGCACAGGCUUUGGUGGAGAGGAUACAAUGCCUCAUGUUGCCAACUGUCUACCAAGUAUUUUCCCUCCACCUUCAGCCUUUCUGGGACCCAAAUGUGCGCUCUGGGAUUGCCCAAGGCCUGCUCAAGGUUUGGAAUGGUGUCAGGACUACUGCAGUAGCUUUCAUGCUGCUCUAGCAUUAAAUGAGGGCCCGCCAGGCAUGAGCCCAGUUCUCCGACCAGGGGGAAUUGGUCUAAAAGAUGGGCUUCUUUUUGCUGCUCUUAGUGCCAAGGCCCAAGGGAGAGAUGUCGGCAUCCCAGAAUGUGAGGGAGCUGCAACUGCUAAGUCUCCAUGGAAUGCACCUGAACUUUUUGACCUUUCAGUUCUUGAGGGUGAGACAAUUAGGGAAUGGCUAUUUUUUGACAAGCCUCGCAGAGCAUUUGAAAGUGGAAAUAGAAAGCAGAGGUCUUUACCUGACUACAGCGGCCGUGGUUGGCAUGAGUCACGGAAGCAAGUCAUGAAUGAGCAUGGAGGGCUGAAAAGGUCUUAUUAUAUGGAUCCACAACCCCUGAACCACUUUGAGUGGCAUCUCUAUGAGUAUGAGAUCAACAAGUACGAUGCUUGUGCCUUGUACAGAUUGGAACUGAAGCUUGUUGAUGGGAAGAAGAAUCCAAAGGGUAGGGUAGCAAAUGAUUCUCUUGCUGAUCUUCAGAAACAGAUGGGAAGGCUCACAGCUGAGUUCCCUCCUGAUAAUAAGCGCUCUGUUAAGGGGAGAACCAAAGUUAAUUCAAAGGAUAGUGUUGGAUACAUUUAUUCAGAUCAGAAUCACGGUGCAGCAGCAAAUGAAAUAGUCGACUAUGGAUUGGUUUCUCCAUAUGAUUAUCUCGUGGAGAACAAGGGUGAAUAUUACGUAACGUAAGGGAAGGUGUACGAAGAAGCUGCUCUUCUUGGUCAUUUCUGCAUUAGCCUAAGCAUUUUAUCUCAGGCUGCAACGGAGCUAACCCUUUUGCUGCUUGCAUCAAGUCUGAAGUACCUAUGAACAAUAAGAUCAACUAAACCUCAACUUCUUUUUGGGGUCAUGCGGAGAGAUCCAUAAACUGGUGUACAUUCUAACCUCUGGAAUAUUAACCUGUCCUUAAUCAUUAUGACCAGUUGGAGACUAGGAAAUGGAUGGCGGCUCCUUAAGGUGAUGGGUUGGUGGCCAUUCCUUAAUGUAUUGCUCAAAUCUUUUUCUAGAUCUGUUGAAAGAAUUGUGCUUGUGUUGAAAUCUAUAGGACACAUUAUAGUAUAUAUGUUCUCGUACCGUCUUUAUUGACGUUUUACAAUAUAAUCUAUCAUCAUUUUCAAGUGAA